UCCCCCCCCAGUGUCAACACUUGAGCAGAGGCCGAGCGCUGCCGCGGAGCUACAACGAUGUCGGAGCAGGAGUCUCUGAGGUGCUCCAAUGCCAGGAACCGCGGAGGCGUCCAGCGGGUCGAAGGGAAACUGCGAGCCAGUGUAGAAAAGGGGGAUUACUACGAAGCACACCAGAUGUACAGGACUUUAUUUUUUAGGUACAUGUCACAGGCAAAACAUGCCGAGGCCAGAGAGCUGAUGCACAACGGCGCCCUUCUUUUCUUCAGCUAUAACCAGCAAAACAGUGCAGCAGAUCUGUCCAUGCUGGUGCUGGAAGUGUUGGAGAAAUCUGAGACAAAAGUCGAAGAUGAAAUAUUAGAAAGCCUGGAUAAGCUGUUCAGCCGGAUGGACCAGAACUCCCCUGAGAGAGUAGCGUUUGUGUCCCGAGCUUUGAAAUGGUCUACAGGAGGCUCCGGCAAGUUGGGUCACCCAAAGUUUCACCAGUUGCUAGCUGUCACCUUGUGGAAAGAGCAAAACUACAGUGAGUCUCGAUACCACUUCCUGCAUUCGUCUGAUGGUGAGGGGUGCGCACAGAUGCUGGUGGAGUAUUCGGCGUCACGAGGCUUCCGCACCGAGGUCGACAUGUUUGUGGCGCAGGCCGUCCUACAGUUCCUCUGCUUAAAGAACAAAAACAGUGCUUCUGUGGUGUUCAGCACAUACACAGAGAAACACCCGUCCAUAGAGAAGGGUCCUCCCUUCGUCCAGCCUCUACUAAACUUUAUCUGGUUUCUGCUGCUGGCAGUGGAUGGGGGUAAAUUAACAGUUUUCACAGUGCUAUGUGAACAAUAUCAACCUUCCCUGAAGAGGGACCCCAUGUAUAAUGAGUAUCUUGACAGAAUAGGACAACUUUUCUUUGGCGUUCCACCCAAACAGUCCCCAUCAUACGGCGGCCUGCUAGGAAACCUGCUGAACAGCCUGAUGGGUCCAGGCGAGGAUGACGACGGCGCAGAAGAAGCCCAGGAAGACAGCAGCCCCAUAGAGCUGGACUGAGCCUGCAGCCCGGGAAACGGAGAACAAACGAACACACACACACAAAAAAAAGAGGAAGACCCCUCCCCGGCCUCCCUACGGCGCCUUGACAACGGGCACGGGGGCGAGGCUUGGGUCCGUGUUUUCAGAGGCGUGCUGCUUCCAGAGCCCCCAUCCCACCAAUCCAGUCCAAAAUCAGAACGAGAAUCAGGCCAAAACAUCCCUGUUAGCACCACCUGGACUAACGGCGCCAAACUGCAAACUCUUCCCACGUUGAAUUGUUGUUAAGAUUAUAUUAUUUUAUUUUUAAUAAUUUUUUUUUGUUAGUUUGGGACUCUUGCUCUGCGUUUAGGGUUUAUGAUUUCCCAAGCGAACCCCUCUGCGUAAUGUUCGUCAGGUCGUUACGAGAGGGUUCGUUCAAAUAACUGCAAACAUCCAACUGAUUCUUCUUUGCCUCAGAGUUCCAUCUGAGCCAUGGUGUUACUGUUGUUACAGUUCUCAACAACCUGUUCCCUUCUUUCAGGAAUGAAUUUAAUUUAAUUUAUUUAAAUUAAAUUGUAUCCUCAGCCAAGGCGACCUUUUUCAGUUUCUCAUGUAUCUAGUUUGUCCAUUGGCUUUAUGAACAAAACAAAAAAAAAACAUCAGAGCUCUGUUAGUUAUUACCAUAGGUCAUUUUGCACCUUGAAUGUUAACCAGACUGCUCAGUGUCUUUAUGGAUCAUAGUUGUGGCUGUCAUAUAUAUUUUACUCACACAUUUUUUUUAACGUGCACUCGCUGAGCUGCUGCUGAGCUUCGUCUGCACCAUCUCCAAGAGAAGCCUAGUUACAGCAGCUCUCAGAAGUCGUAAAGCAGUUCUGGCCACAAGGUGCCUGAAGCACCGAGGGUCCGUUAAGUGGUCUUGAGAUGAGAGAGGAGGAGAAAAAAUGAGACACUGUGAAAAUGUUUCGCCUUUUAGAGUGAAUCUUGCUUUGCAUGUUAUAAAAAAGCUAAUAUUUAAACCUGCUGCUUUGCUGGCUUUAGUCCUGUUGGCUCUUUAUUUUUGUCAGUUCUCCUUUUUAUAUUUGUGUUUAACUGUGCAGUUCCUCUUGGAGGUGGAUCGAUAGUUCGUCUUCAGUUCAGCCUGUGCACAGAGCAGUGGUCGCUGCUCCAUCAGGGUUUUCACCUCAGAGGACACGCUCGCUCUGCGUCGGCCCCCUGAUCGUUCAGUCUUCAGCUACGCUCUGCCCCCGUGGUGACAUUCGAUUGGGUCAGAGUUUACCGUUUUAGGAUUUUAAUUUAAAACAACCUCCAGAUAAUAUAAUGAGGGUCAAAUCUGCCUUUGUAACCUGGAGGGUCAAAACUAGGAAUGUCCACAGGUCUUCCCAUGUAGUGUUCAUUUACUCCCGUGUAAUUACCUGUGUGGUCCAUAAUGACCAAUAUAAAAUAAAGGUCGAAAUAAAUCAAAUGUGCAAAAAUAUGGAUAUGAACUAAGGAGCUGCAGAAUAAUUCUGAAUCACUCAACUCUGGUGUUAUUUCAACAAUAUUUACUAGAAAAAUAUUGUAAAUGAGGAGCUUCAAGAUGAAACAAAGCAAAGUUUGCCGAAUUGCCAUUUUUUUGUGACCGGGAGAUAUUUUCAUAAUUAAGUGAAUUAUGUCACAGGUAAUUGGCUCAUUCAAAUAUUGUACCUUCAGACUUUGUUUAGUUAAUACUGUCCAUUUUAGCUUUCCACACAGAACUGGCUGGCUCAAUGUGUUCGUGCUGCAGAAGGACAGAUAGAACGUUGUCAGAUUGAAAAAAAAAAAAGAAAAUUAAAAUUUCCUGCAGAAACCUGCAAACAAAUCUGAAUGUUAGUUCUGUCAGGAUUACCCCUUAAUUUUAUCUGGCAGUAGAAAAAAAAGUGUGACCAAAGGCCUAUUGUGUAUGUGUGUGCGCGAGUGUGUUUAAGAGAUCAUCACAGCGUUUGUAUUUGAUUUUUUCUCUUGAGACCUAAAGGGGAGUGUUUUCUUUUUCAAUGAUUCACUAAUUGAAUAAAUAAACUACAACUGAGAAGAGUUUCAGAAUGUCUUGAACCAAA